UUCCCCCUCGGCCCCCCUGCCUGACCUCAACCGCCCCCUCCCCACGAAGCCCGAUUGCGAAGCCUGUGACCAAGCCCCCUGGGUCCCCAUGGAUGUUUCCGGCCCCGUCAUCGCUCCCGUGGCCCCUGUGGCUCCUGUUGCCCCCGUCAUCGCUCCUGUUGCCCCUGUUGCUCCUGUUCUGCCCGUCGCCCCCGUGGGUCCUGCUCCCAUUGACUCCGUCGAGGUUGGCCGCGAAGUGUCGGCUCCUGGGAUCAUUGAGAUCUCCCCCCCGGCGCCCGCUAUCGACAUCAGGUUUAACACAGACACCCCUAUUGAGGACGAACCCAUUUUCAUUGUAGAAGAUGCCUCUCGUGACCCCCGCGUGAUCGAAGGCGGUGUGGCCCUUCCUGUCCUGAAUAACGAGGUCUUCAUUGUAAACGAAGAACCCGCCACGGAAUCCUUUACAGUGGUUUCUGAUCCUAUUGACGAGCCUGUCUUCAUCACCGAAGAUGUCGCAGCUCCAGCAAUCACUCUUCUCCCUGAGGAUUCUGUACGAAAUUCUUUUGAUAUCGUUACUGUAGACGCUCCAGUGACCGUUGACGAUGUCUUGACCGGCGCCCCCCUCCCCGACAUCACCUACUCCCUCUCGGAGCCCCAGAUCAUCAGCGACGGCCAGCCCAUCUUCCUCAGCUCCUCCGAAGGAUCUCCAGGACUCCCCGAGCUGGUGUCCGUGUCCGGCCCUGCAGUCCAUCGGCGAGCCCACCAUCGUGUCCGUGUCCCAGCCCGAGGUGCUGUGUCCGAGCCCGACGUCCCGGCCGUGUACGAGACCCCGGCGACCUUCCAAGACCCCGUCCUCGUCGAGAACCCGGUGACCAUCCAGGACUUCCUCGCGUCCGACGAGCCGAUCGCCUUCGACACCGCCAUCCCCGACACCGCCAUCCGCGUCGGGGCUUCCAGGACGUCACCACCGUCGGCCAAGCGCAGUUCGUGGACGAGACCUUCGGCGCCCCCCAGGAGCCCCAGUCCCUCGGCGUGUCCCUGCCCGAGAUCGCCUCCGUGUCCCAGCCCGAAGUCGUGUCCGUGUCCCAGCCCGAGAUCCUGACCGUGUCCCAACCGGAAGAGCAGAGCCUACUGACGGCGACUCUGCUUGAUCCAGCUGGCGACGCCCCUUUCUCCGUCAUCCAGCUCCAAGAUGCCCAACCUCCUACCCAAUCCUUCCUUCCCGAUAUUCGAUCCCAAGGGGUUCCUCAG